CAGCCCUGGGGCCGCGGUUGCCGGCGCCGGCCGGUUCCCUGGGAGACCAUGUUUGCGGGGCUGGGAGCGGACAGGCAUCCGGUGCCGGAGUUUUACUCCCGGAGAAGGCGGUGGGACCGGCCGACCGCUUCCCUGCCGGAGCAGUUGGGAUUGCGACUGGGGAUGUGGUACUGGAAAGAUGAAACCAGAACUCUUGAAUUCAGAAGUUUUACACCUGCAGUGGAACUCAAGGAGAAAGGAAAGAAAGGCAAAGCAAUACACUUUGCUGAAACUGAUGGUCCCGCUACAGACAGGUUGACAGAUAAAAAGUUUGGUUCGAGAGAGGAUAAGUCACCUAAAGCCUUAGAGAAACGAGGUCAGCAGGGCAACGUGACACUACAUGAUGCUAAAUUUGUUGCUUUGUUUUUGCUGCAAGAUACUGAGAUGCAGCGGAUCUGUUCUUUUACAACAUUUAUGAGGAAUAAAAAUCUUGACAAUUUCCUCAUGGCAUUGUUGUACUAUUUGUCUCAUUACUUGGAAAAAAUCUCCCUGGAAAAGAAACCCAAAAGCUAUAUGGUGGGCCUUGUGGAGAAGAAAGAGAUGGAACUGGUUAUAAGUAAGUUAGAGGCGGCGCAGAAGUACUUGGCGCAGAAGUACUGCAUGCUUGUGCUGGGCUUGGCCAUGCCUGAUAAGCAUCACAUGUGCUGUGGAAAGGAGAAAAUAUCAGAUACGCAAAAAGACUGGAAAUUCUUUGAGUCCUUUUAUACUUUCUGUACAUACGUAGCUUGGAUUGUCUUCCGACGUCAACACUUCACAGAGAUUGAGGAAGAAAUAGGGAGGCUCUUUCGUACCAAUAUGUUCAAUAUUCCUCGGAGGAAGCGCGAGGAUGAAGAAUCAGGAGGGGAAAAGAAACGCAUGACUUUUGUACAAUUCAGGAGAAUGAUGGCAAAACGCCCAGCGAUUAAAAAAGCCAUUAACAUGCGCUCUCCAGUCCUGUCUACUCUGCUGCCAUCUCUCAGAGAAAAAGCUCAGAAUGUCUUUGAGAAAAAGAAUCAUCAAGGAGGCAUCAAACUCCCAGCCCAGAUACAGGAGCACACGGAAAAUCUGGAGUCUGUGCCCAUGCCAAUAGUUGGCAUCUUGGGGGAGCCUCGAUGUCUGUUCAACCCCCAUACCCUUCUCCCCCUUGAACCAGAAGAAAACACAAAAGCGGAUGGGAAACAUUCCUCCCUGACAGAAAGAAAUAACCUGAAGAUCCAGGAUACACUGAACAUAGUUCUGAGAACACUGUCGUCUCAAACAGCAUUCCCUAAAUGAUCGGGUACCUUCUGUUUCUGUAAUUCAGUCCCUGUAUUUGAAGUAAACUACUCUGACUUAAUCACUUUAUACAGGACUAAUAUUUAUUGUUAUUAAAAAAUUUUAAUUCAAAUUAUUUUGUUGAAAGUUCAGUAGUAGACAGUUAAUCUCAGAAACCUUUAGAAAAGCUCAUUUUCCUGUAUUUACUAGUUUGCUGUGUUAUUUAUUUACUUCCUUGGCUUCUGUGUGACUGUUUAGAGUAACAUAUUAGGACAUUUAGCCAGUAUUCUAGUGGACUAGUAAAGAAACAUUUUGUGUUUAUUUGUUCCUAUGUUCAUUUUUACUAUAUGAGAGAAGAUGUUUGGGACAUUUGAAAACUAAAUUUUAUAAAAAAGGAAAGUAAAAUAUUUUUAAAAUGAAA